GGAAAUAAGAGCAAAAACGAGAUUGCGAAGGGUUAUUUUAGUGGGAUGGCUUUUUUUUUGGAAAAAAAAGGACCAUGGAAGGCACCAAAAGUGAAAAAAGAAAGAGAAAAAUUGAAGGUCUGGAAUUCGUUUACUAGAAGCAAGAAUGAGUUUGUGCCGUUAAAUGGGGGAAGAAUUACAUGGUAUUGUUGUGGACCGACGGUCUAUGAUUGGAGUCAUAUGGGACAUGCAAGAAACUAUGUGACGACGGAUAUUAUACGUAGAAUUUUGCAGGGAUAUUUUAGAUAUGAUGUUAUUUUUGUUCAAAACAUAACGGAUAUUGAUGACAAAAUUAUUCUGAAGGCGAGAUAUAAUUAUCUUUUUAAUGAAUAUGCGAAAAAAAACGAAGAAAUUACGAGAGAAGUGUAUGAAAAAGUGUUAACGGCAUGGAAAAGUUAUUUUAAUCAAUAUUUUCCAAAUAAAUCGGUAACAUUUGAGGGAUUUGAGGAAUGGUCGAAUAGUAUUAAGGAUUCGGAGAUGAUAAAAUCGGAUGGAAAGCUUGGAAUGUAUUUUAAAACGUUAAAUCAAUCAUAUGAAGCAUUAAUAUUAUAUAAAACACUUUCACCGGAAGUUUUUCUAGAAAAAGUGAAGGAUGUUUUAGUUUUAAAGUUAGAUGAAGAGUAUAAACAUUUGAUUAAAGAUAAUUUUAUAUUUCGUCAAGUAUCUACAUAUUGGGAAAAUAAAUUUAAUGAAGAUAUGAAAGCAUUGGGUGUUUUAGAACCAUCGGUUGUUGUCAGGGUUUCUGAAUUUAUACCGGAAAUCAUUAAAUUUAUUCAAGAAAUUAUUAAUAAAGGUUAUGCAUAUGAAUCAAGAGGAAGUGUUUUUUUUGAUAUAAAAGCAUUUGAGGCAGAUGGUCGUCAUACAUAUGCAAAGAUAGAACCUUGGAAUAAAAAUAAUAAAAAGUUAGCCAAUGAAGGGGAAGGGGAACUUAAUUAUUCUGAAGGGAAAAAAAUGUCCAGAGAUUUUGCACUAUGGAAAGCAAGUAAAAUAGGCGAACCGAAAUGGGAAAGUCCAUGGGGCGAGGGACGUCCAGGUUGGCAUAUAGAAUGUUCUGCCAUGGCAUCUGAAAUUCUUGGAUCACAAAUAGAUAUACAUUCAGGGGGUAUAGAUUUAGCAUUUCCACAUCAUGAUAAUGAACUUGCUCAAUCAGAAGCAUUUUUUGAUUGUGAUCAGUGGGUUAAUUAUUUUUUACAUAUGGGUCAUUUGCAUAUUGAAGGACAAAAAAUGUCAAAAAGUUUGAAAAAUUUUAUUACUAUUCAAGAUGCUUUGAAAAAAUACACACCAAGACAAAUGAGAUUAUGUUUUUUAAAACAGCAAUGGAAUUUGAAAAUGGAUUUUAAGGAAAGUUUUAUGACAGAUGUUAAAGCCAUCGAAUCAUUACUUCGUAAUUUUUUCAUAAACAUAAAUUCCUUGAUAAUUGAGAAAAAACUAAAUUUAAAAGAAGAUGAAGUUAUAAAAUAUGUUAUUUCAUGUCAAGAAAAAGAGCUUUGUAAAAAUUUAUAUGAAGCACAAGAAGCACUACAUGAUGCUCUUUGCGAUAAUUUUAAUACUCCAGAAUCUUUGGAUAUUAUUAUAAAUUUGAUAACUAAAACAAAUAUAUAUAUUUCUAAAGCUCAAUCAGAUAUUAAUAUUCUUAUAAUUACUAAUGUGGCAAAAUGGAUAUCCAGCAUUCUUGAAAUUUUUGGGUUGAAAGAUGAUAGUUUUACUGUUAUCGAACAUCAACUUAAUGAAUCUUCUAUAACAAUUAAUCACAAUGAAACAAUUAUGCCAUAUGUUAAAGUUCUCUCAACCUUUAGAGAUGAUAUAAGGAAUCUUUUAAUUCUUUCUAAAUUCAAAAGCAGUACGGAAUUAUCUAAAGAUUUAUUCAAACUUUGUGACAAAUUGCGUGAUGUAGAUUUAACAAAUUUAGGUAUACAAUUAGAAGACAGAGAAGACAGGAAUGCUUUAAUAAAAUUUGUUGAUAAAAAUGAACUUAAACAACAACAAGAAGAAAAAUUACAACAGGAAUUAUUAAAUAAAAAAAUUAAAGAACAAAAAUUAUAUGAAAAUAUUCUUAAAGGAAAAUUGUCUCCUAAAGAAUAUUUUCAAACUAGUGAUUAUUCAAAAUGGGAUGAUCAAGGAUUUCCUUUACAUGAUGCCCAAGGCAUCGAACUAACUAAAAGUAGACGGAAAAAAUUAACUAAAGAUUGGGAGAGACAAGCUAUAUUGCAUGAAAAAUACCUUAAUUGGUGCAAGGAAAACACUGAUAAAACGACUUAAAAAUAUUUUAUAUAUUUUUUAAAAAUGUUAUCUUUUAUAAUUACUUUUCA